CGAUCUUUGGGAAGUUCCGUUGGGGAAGAUGGCGGCGGCCGCGAGCACCCUUCUCUUCUUGCCGCCAGGGACUUCAGAUUGAGCCUUCCCCGGAAGAGUGGGGGCCGCUGGUGCGCUGCUUCCCCGGAGCGCAAGCCAACUUGGUUCCCCUCUUAGUGGUGGGGAAAGGCUUCCCCUCCCGUGGCCGACCCAAGACCUCACCGCUGUCAGGAUGAAGGCUCAGGGGGAAACCGAGGAGUCGGAAAAGCUGAGUAAGAUGAGUUCCCUCUUGGAACGGCUCCAUGCAAAAUUUAACCAAAAUAGACCUUGGAGUGAAACUAUUAAGCUUGUGCGUCAAGUCAUGGAGAAGAGGGUCGUCAUGAGUUCUGGAGGGCAUCAGCAUUUGGUCAGCUGUUUGGAGACAUUGCAAAAGGCUCUCAAAGUAACAUCUUUGCCAGCAAUGACUGAUCGUUUGGAAUCAAUAGCCAGACAGAAUGGACUGGGCUCUCAUCUCAGUGCCAGUGGCACUGAAUGUUACAUCACGUCAGAUAUGUUCUAUGUGGAAGUGCAGUUAGAUCCUGCUGGACAGCUGUGUGAUGUCAAAGUGGCUCACCAUGGGGAGAAUCCUGUGAGCUGUCCAGAGCUUGUCCAGCAGUUAAGGGAAAAGAAUUUUGAUGAGUUUUCUAAGCACCUUAAGGGUCUUGUUAAUCUGUAUAACCUUCCAGGAGACAACAAACUGAAGACUAAAAUGUAUUUGGCUCUCCAAUCCUUAGAACAAGACCUUUCUAAAAUGGCAAUUAUGUACUGGAAGGCAACUAAUGCUACUCCGUUGGAUAAGAUCCUUCAUGGAAGUGUUGGCUAUCUCACUCCACGGAGUGGGGGUCAUUUAAUGAACAUGAAAUACUAUGCCUCUCCUUCUGACCUGCUGGAUGAUAAGACUGCAUCUCCUAUCGUUUUGCAUGAAAAGAAUGUUCCUCGAUCUUUGGGCAUGAAUGCAUCCGUGACAAUUGAAGGAACCUCUACUAUGUACAAACUCCCAAUUGCCCCAUUAAUUAUGGGGUCACAUCCAGUUGACAACAAAUGGACCCCUUCUUUCUCCUCAGUCACUAGUGCCAACAGUGUUGAUCUUCCUGCCUGUUUCUUCUUGAAAUUUCCUCAGCCAAUCCCAGUAUCUAAAGCAUUUGUUCAGAAACUGCAGAGCUGCACAGGAAUCCCAUUAUUUGAGACUCCGCCGACUUACAUGCCCCUCUAUGAGCUCAUCACUCAAUUUGAGCUGUCAAAGGAUCCAGACCCGGUACCCUUGAAUCACAACAUGCGGUUUUAUGCUGCUCUCCCGGGUCAGCAGCACUGCUAUUUCCUCAAUAAGGAUGCUCCUCUUCCAGAUGGCCAAAGCUUGCAGGGAACACUGGUUAGCAAAAUCACCUUUCAACACCCUGGCAGAGUUCCUCUUAUCCUGAAUAUGAUCAGACAUCAAGUGGCCUAUAACACCCUAAUUGGAAGCUGUGUCAAAAGAACUGUUUUAAAAGAAGACUCUCCUGGGCUCCUCCAGUUUGAAGUAUGUCCCCUCUCAGAGUCUCGAUUUAGUGUAUCUUUUCAGCACCCUGUGAAUGACUCCCUUGUGUGUGUGGUAAUGGAUGUGCAGGACUCAACACAUGUGAGCUGUAAACUCUACAAGGGGCUGUCAGAUGCACUCAUCUGCACAGAUGACUUCAUUGCCAAAGUUGUUCAAAGAUGUAUGUCCAUCCCUGUGACGAUGAGGGCUAUUCGGAGGAAGGCUGAAACCAUACAGGCUGACACCCCAGCACUGUCCCUCAUUGCAGAGACAGUUGAAGACAUGGUGAAAAAGAACCUGCCCCCGGCUAGCAGCCCAGGGUAUGGCAUGGCCACAGGCAACAACCCAAUGAGUGGUACCACCACACCAACCAACACCUUUCCGGGGGGUCCCAUUACCACCUUGUUUAACAUGAGCAUGAGCAUCAGAGAUCGGCAUGAGUCGGUGGGCCAUGGGGAGGACUUCAGCAAGGUGUCUCAGAACCCAAUUCUUACCAGUUUGUUGCAAAUCACAGGGAACGGGGGGUCUACCAUUGGCUCGAGUCCGACCCCUCCUCAUCACACGCCGCCACCUGUCUCUUCGAUGGCCGGCAACACCAAGAACCACCCGAUGCUCAUGAACCUUCUUAAAGAUAACCCUGCCCAGGAUUUCUCAACCCUUUAUGGAAGCAGCCCUUUAGAAAGGCAGAACUCCUCUUCCGGAUCACCCCGGAUGGAAAUGUGCUCGGGGAGCAACAAGACCAAGAAGAAGAAGUCAUCAAGAGUACCACCUGACAAAUCCAAGCACCAGACUGAAGACGAGUUUCAGAGAGAGCUCUUUUCAAUGGAUGUCGACUCCCAGAACCCUAUGUUUGACGUCAGCAUGACGGCUGACGCGCUGGACACACCACAUAUCACUCCAGCUCCAAGCCAGUGUAGUACUCCCCCUACAACUUACCCCCAACCAGUGCCUCACCCCCAGCCCAGUAUUCAAAGGAUGGUCCGACUAUCCAGUUCAGACAGCAUUGGCCCAGAUGUAACUGAUAUCCUUUCAGACAUUGCAGAAGAAGCCUCAAAGCUUCCCAGCACUAGUGAUGAUUGCCCACCCAUUGGCACCCCUGUUCGCGAUUCUUCAAGUUCUGGGCAUUCUCAGAGUGCCCUCUUUGACUCUGAUGUCUUUCAAACUAAUAAUAAUGAAAAUCCAUACACUGAUCCAGCUGACCUUAUUGCUGAUGCAGCUGCAAGCCCCAGUAGUGAUUCUCCUACCAAUCAUUUUUUCCCUGAUGGAGUAGAUUUCAAUCCUGAUUUGUUGAACAGCCAAAGCCAAAGUGGUUUUGGAGAAGAAUAUUUUGAUGAAAGUAGUCAGAGUGGGGAUAAUGAUGAUUUCAAAGGAUUUGCAUCUCAGGCACUAAAUACUUUGGGGAUGCCAAUACUUGGGGGUGAUAAUGGGGAAACAAAAUUUAAGAGCAGUAGCCAAGCUGACACAGUUGACUUCAGUAUUAUAUCAGUAGCUGGUAAGGCUUUGGGUUCUGCAGAUCUUAUGGAACACCACAGUGGUAGUCAGAGUCCUUUAAUGACCGCAGGAGAAUUAGGGAAAGAAAAACCUCAAAAGAGGGUAAAGGAAGGUAAUGGCACUGGUGCUGGCAGUGUAUCAGGCCCUGGGUUAGACAACAAACCAGGCAAGCGCAGCCGAACUCCUUCCAAUGAUGGAAAGAGCAAAGAUAAGCCUCCAAAGCGGAAGAAAGCAGACACUGAGAGCAAGUCUCCAUCUCACAGUUCUUCUAAUAGACCUUUCACCCCACCCACCAGUACAGGUGGAUCCAAAUCUCCAGGCAGUUCAGGAAGGUCUCAGACUCCCCCAGGUGUUGCCACCCCGCCCAUCCCCAAAAUCACUAUUCAGAUUCCUAAGGGGACAGUGAUGGUGGGUAAGCCUUCCUCUCACAGUCAGUACACCAGCAGUGGUUCUGUGUCUUCCUCUGGCAGUAAAAGCCACCAUAGUCAUUCUUCCUCCUCCUCUUCCUCAUCUUCUGCUUCCACCUCGGGCAAGAUGAAAAGCAGUAAAUCUGAAGGCUCAUCAAGUUCCAAGCUAAGUGGCAGUAUGUAUUCUAGCCAGGGGUCCUCUGGAUCCAGCCAGUCAAAAAAUUCAUCUCAGACUGGGGGAAAGCCAGGCUCAUCUCCCAUUACCAAACAUGGUCUGAGCAGUGGGUCUAGCAGUACCAAGAUGAAACCUCAAGGCAAGCCAUCAUCACUUAUGAAUCCUUCUAUGAGUAAACCAAACAUAUCGCCUUCUCAUUCAAGGCCUCCUGGAGGAUCAGAUAAGCUUGCCUCUCCAAUGAAGCCUGUUCCUGGGACUCCCCCAUCCUCUAAAGCCAAGUCCCCUAUCAGUUCAGGUUCUGGUGGUUCUCAUAUGUCAGGAACUAGUUCAAGUUCUGGCACGAAGUCAUCUUCAGGGUCAGGAUCCUCAGGCUCAAUGUCUCAGAAAACUCCCCCAGCAUCUAAUUCUUGUACAUCAUCUUCCUCCUCGUUUUCCUCAAGUGGGUCUUCCAUGUCAUCCUCUCAGAAUCAGCAUGGGAGUUCCAAAGGGAAGUCUCCCAGUAGGAAUAAGAAGCCUUCCUUGACAGCUGUUAUUGAUAAGCUGAAGCACGGGGUUGUUACCAGUGGGCCUGGGGGUGAGGAUCCAAUGGAUAGUCAGAUGGGCGUGAGCACAAAUUCUAACCAUCCCAUGUCCUCUAAACAUAACAUGUCAGGAGGGGAAUUCCAGAGCAAACGUGAGAAAAGCGAUAAAGACAAAUCAAAGGUUUCUACUUCUGGAGGCUCAGUGGAUUCUUCUAAGAAGACCUCAGAGUCAAAAAAUGUGGGGAGCACGGGUGUGGCAAAAAUUAUUAUCAGCAAACAUGAUGGAGGCUCCCCUAGCAUUAAAGCCAAAGUGACUCUACAGAAACCGGGAGAAAGUAGUGGAGAAGGACUUAGGCCACAGAUAGCCUCUUCAAAAAACUAUGGUUCUCCGUUGAUCAGUGGUUCUACUCCAAAGCAUGAGCGUGGUUCUCCCAGCCACAGUAAGUCGCCUGCAUAUACACCCCAGAAUGUGGACAGUGAAAGUGAGUCAGGCUCCUCCAUAGCAGAGAAAUCUUACCAGAACAGUCCGAGCUCUGAUGAUGGUGUCCGACCACUUCCAGAAUACAGCACAGAGAAGCAUAAGAAGCACAAAAAGGAAAAGAAGAAAGUCAAAGACAGAGACCGCGACAGAGACAAGGACAGAGACAAGAAAAAAUCUCACAGCAUCAAGCCAGAGAAUUGGUCUAAAUCACCUAUUUCUUCAGAUCAGGCAUUGUCUAUGACAAAUAACCCAAUCUUAUCUGCAGACAGGCCUUCAAGGCUCAGCCCUGACUUUAUGAUUGGGGAAGAAGACGAUGAUCUUAUGGAUGUGGCCCUGAUUGGCAAUUAAGAACCUUAUUUUCUAAACAGAUAAGUCCAGAGAAGAAACUAAUGAUACAUUUACAUGUAAACCAACACAAGGGGUGAGUCAGAUAGGCCUGAUUUGUGCUUGAGAUUCCUAAUGGGCAUGGCCUCUACACCACGCUGGGUACAUUUAUAAAAGUAUAUCUAAACCCUACUAAAGGGACCAUGGGGUUGGUUAUUCACCAAGUCAUAUUUCUUUGCCAGAAAGAAAUGUUUAAAAAAAAAACAAAAAAAACUUGUUUAAGAUAGGGAGGGGUGGGAAAGGGUAUAGAGAGGGAAGGGUGGGAAAACUGUUGUGGGAAAUAUUCAUAUAUAUUUUUUCUCCCUUUUUCCAUUUUCAGGACAUGCUUUAAACUCAUUUUAGUGCAUGUAUUUGAAGGGCUGGGCAGAAAAAUGAAAAAGCAAUACAUUCCUUGAUGCAUUUGCAUGAAGGUUGUUCACCUUUGGUAGUUGUCCAUUUGAAGCAUGGGCAAGGGAAGGACUUUGGCAGUUUUGGACACUUAAAGCAAUGUUUGGUGUCUGUUUCUUAGGAGUGAUUGGGGGAGGGAAAAUUAUUUUAGCUAUUUAUUUGUAAUAUUUUAAUCCUUAAUGUUUUUUUAUGCAAUGUUUGUUCUUAAAUCUAUGAAGGUUAUGGUUCAGAAUGAUAGGCAGGAAGGGCAAGGUUUGUUUGGUGGUGGGGAGCUUGCAGCUUUUGCUGAUGCUGCAGCAUCAAGCCCACACAGGUUAAUCAGAGCCUGUCUUUGGAGUUAAAUAGAAAAACCAAAACUAUUAUCUUUGGAGGUUUUUCACAGGGUUCAGACAUAGGAAUAAUAGAAGUUACCUCCCUAUGCAGUUAAAAAAAUUAUCUUUUUUUUUUUGUUAAAAAGGAAGGAUGGCUUUUGGGGGUAGAAGGGUUUUCAGAUUCUAAACCCUAAGGUAUGAAAACCAUUACAGAACUAAUAGUUCUCCUAGUUCCACAAUGUGCCAAAAGUCUACAUCCCAGCAUUUUGCUUGCAGGAGAGCUGAUGCCAUUCCUAAGAGCUGGACUCUUUCUCUUCAUCACGAGGAGGAAGAGUUCAGACUUAAGUCACUCUUCUGUCUGCUCCCCGAGAUAAACAGUUUUAAAAAAAUGCAGCCAUAGUUCACUUAAAACAAUUUCAAGCUCACUUGAAGUAAUGGGCCUGGAAUGCUAAGUGAGCAUGAAGAUAAACCUUGCUACUGUGUAGCACACAAUUGGACCUUUUUGGAGAAACAGGUCUGAGUCUGGAUUCUGAGGGACAUCAAAUGAAACCCUUCUCAUAAAUAUAGAAAUCCAGGAGACCGUUUUGAGUGCAACAAAAGUUCUCAGUAUUUGGAGGGUCCUCUCAAAAAUCCGCGGCCUUACUUUGAUUUUGCCACCUGCACUGUGCCAUUCCUGAUGAUUCCGUUCAGGAUCUUUAUCAGCGGGAUGGGGCAUAAUCCCCAGCACAACUCUUCUGGAUUACAAAAAGAAAAAAAAAAGCCAGGUGAUUCAUGUUUGUGUAUGUUAUAAGUGGAUUGACUUCAUCAGAUGCGGACGAUUUCUAUAUCCAACACUCUGCAGGUUGGAGUUAGCAUAUACUCGGAAAAUCUACUGUGGCUUUCUUUCCUGACUGUUUCUCAUUUCCUUUGGCGUUCUCCCUUUUCUGGUCAUCGAUUCUCAACAACUCUGCCAUUUCUGUGUCCCAAGGCAAUAAAUAGGAAACAAAACUUUGUAAAAUGGAGCAAGAAAAGUUACCUGUUACCCUAUCAGAGUUCAUUGUCUUGGGUGACACUAACGAGGACACGGGCAAGGUGACACUGGAGUGCUUUAUCUUGUACUGAUGCAGUGUCUCAGAUAUACAACCAGGUUGGAUUUCUCAGAAGUCUGUCACCUGGUUCUGAAUCCUAUCCUCUUAGUUUCUGCAGGAAAGUUAAAGUUAUAUGGUGUUAAAGUUUGUUCUGGGUGGGGCUGAUCUCAUGGGGAAAUGUACUGCAUAGUUAUAAGGGGCUCAGUCCCCCCAAGCAGAGCCAACAAAUACCAAAAUGAGUAAACUGGGAAGCUUUUUCUCUCUUUCUGUCUUCAUCCCAGAUCAAAGAAUCCCGAGUUAGGAUCUGGAUGAAGGAUAAGCCCCUGAAAUGUCGAUGGGCACACCCCACUCAAUGACCCAGCAUCUGAACUUGCUUAACAGGGAGCCGGGGCUAAACUGCUUCACCCUGCCUGGGAACCAGGGAGCACUGCAUUUCUCCACAGGGUGGAGGAGAAGAGGCAGAAUAAACCAAGCCUGCAACACCUCCCUCCCAUCCAGGUGUACUCAGUCUCCUGUUUCAAAAGACGGCAUGGACAUGAAGUCACCAUCUACCUGUUUGCUGCUGCUGGACUUCUUGUAUUGUUAGUUUGACCUGAUUGUUCUGUCUUCUGGUUUCAUGUUAAGGGUCUUUGGACAAAGUCUGCUCUGAUGUACAAGAAUUUUUCAGAUUCAAAUUCAUUGUAUCUUAAAACAAGUGUUUCCAAGGUGAGGAAGGGGACCUUAUAUAAUUGCCAAAGCCAGCUUGAGGUUGAUAACUCUUGAAUGGGAUUUUCCUUUUGUCAGGCCAAGGUCUGAAAAUCUAGAACAGCAAUAUGAAUUUUCAGAGGAGCCGGUGAGUCACAUAGUAUCCAAAGUUGAGUCACAGUAGAUGUCAGUAUAGGAAACAUUCACAAUCCCUGGGUAAUCUCAUUUUCUAUUUUAUUUUUCUCUUUAGCCCUGCCCCCAAUUAUUUUGACUUGAGUUAACUUUUGGAGGGGCAGGAAGUGUUAUCUUAGAAACUAGGCUGGGAAACAAGCUCAGUGAUAGAGCAGAGCUUUAAAUUCUGAGUUUAGAAAUGCCGAUCAGGAGCAGUGGGAAGGGUCUUUACAGUAGUUCUGAUUUGAUUUUUGUGUGUAUGGCUGUUCUGUAAAUAUUUUGUUUUGUUUUUCUUUUUUUGAAAGUGGACAAAAUCUGGGAUUCCCCCCUCUAAAACAUCACAAAAAAACUGUUGCUUUGCAUUCAAAUAAAUUUCUUUGAUAAGAAGUAA